CCGUUACCUUUAACUAACUAAUUGGUUUGUUGUUUGUUACUGGCUGCAUUGAACUGCACUCGGAAACGUAAACAAACUGUUAUUUUCGUGAUGACCGGAUAUUUACCGCGAUUUUCUACUUUAUGAAUGAGUUCAAAUCCAACUGACAUGAUGGUAACUUGUACGUUGAAGUGUGCUGUGUAAAAAGAGUGUUAGAUAGGAAGUUAUUCAUUUUGUAAAUUUGUACACAAGGGACUCUAAAGAUACGGGGGCAGGUCGAAAAAUUUAGGUUGUGUCGUUAGAGAAACAGUCUUAGGAAAAUUUGAUGAUGUUGAACCCGUGUGUUAAGCCUGAACCACCAGAAGAUCCUGUUGGUGAUGGUAGAUGGAUGUCUAUGCAUAACAGAUACCUCCAAGAAGCAAAAACAAGUGAAUCGGAAGUACUUUUCAUAGGAGAUUCAAUUAUUCAACAAUUACAAUUUACUUCUUUAUGGUCCGAAAAAAUAAGCUCCUUACAUUGUUUAAAUUUUGGAAUUGGUGGUGACAGAGUCGAAAAUGUUCUUUGGAGAGUUCGACAUGGGGAACUGGAAUUUAAUUCAAAAAUUAAAGCCGUCGUCCUGUUCGUCGGUACAAAUAAUAUCGACUGCACUCCUCAUGAAAUUUACGAAGGGAUUUUGGAGAUCAUUAGAGAAAUAAAGAGACAACUAGGCAUCGUCUCCAUAAUCUUACCUACCCUGUUACCGCGUGGUCAUCACCCCAACCCAUACCGAGAACGGAACGACCACGUCAACACCUUCCUCCUAGACAAAUUCUGCAACGAAGCCAAUGCCGACGAAGUCACCGAAAACUGCCACGUCGUCGUCAUCGACGAAAACAUCGUUGGCAACGACCAAACCAUAUCCCAUCACAUCAUGCACGACUAUCUUCAUCUAACCAACAGCGGAUAUACGAAAGUGUUCGCCAAAGUCUACGCAAAGCUGUGUGAGCUGCUCAAUGUACCACCUAAGAAGUAAAGCAGCAAGAAAAUGUGAAAGUCUAUAUCGGGAAAAGGUGGUAAAAGCUGCAAAUCGGCUGGAUUCGUAUUUGGGAUGGGGCACAUUGGGAUUGGGCAGAAAGUACCUAGAUAAUUCAAAACCCCCUUAGCCAAAUUUUUAGCUUCCUAUGUGGCCCCAGGUUCUCCCUAUCGCAAAAAAUAUGUUUUUUAGUAAAACAAAAUUCUGAGCAAUCAUUGAGCUCAGGAAAAUUUUUUGAAUCUUUCAAAAAAAUUUAGGUUAUGUAGGUAAUUUUUGGCAGACUUCGAAAUAAUUGUUUUUCGUGUAUUUUUUCCGUUCUUUGAAUAUGACAUUUUUUUAGUGUCCCUCAUCUAUAUUUUAACGUUUCCUGAGCGAUACUUUGUUUUAAAUAAUUACAUAACCUAUAUUUUUUUUGAAAACUUCAAAAAUUUUUCCUGACCUCAUUUCUGAUCAAAAAAACCUGAAAAAAAUAGUUUUUGGGCAUAACAAUGUAUGUUCAUACAUUUUUUCAGACUUUUUAAAGCAAAAGAUUGCUCAGAAUUUUUAUUUCUAAACAACAUAUUUUUGAGUUAGGGGGAACAUGGGGCCACAUAGGAAGCUAAAAAUUUGGCAAGGGGUUUUGAAUUAUGUACUUUCUGCCCAAUCCCAAAUACGAAUCCAGCUGAGUGCAGAUUUUACCAUCUUAUCGCGCUAUAGCUUUUGUUUGUAUCUUUUAAAUAUAUCUCUCUACUUGUAACUUUGUACCAAAUAUUUUUUGACUGGUAGAUUUCUAUAAGUAAAUGUAUCAUAAAUAA